UUGGCAAAAACAAGUAAGAUAUGGAACUCUAUUCAAGGAUAAGCAUAGAUAUAAAGAGGAUAUAUUGAAUAAACUCAUACUAAAAAUAAUUUAUGAAGAUUCAAGACUAUUCAAAAAGUAUAUCAUCCUACAAAAAGAAACAAAUUUAAUAAAAAAGGAAUGCCUAAUAAAUAGGUUAAUAGAUGAACUCGUAGGAACAGAAAAAUUGCUGAGAAAUAAUCCUCCUAAAAAAAAUAAGUAUAAGAAAGUAACAGUAUCCGAAAUUCUUGAUGCCUACUAUAAUGUUCAAGAAAUAUCAGGCGAUGAUAAUGAAAGAAAAGAUCUAAAACAAAAACAAGAUAUUGAAUUAGAUGCUAUAAUAGCAUUAGAAAAGUUAAUUAAUAAUAAACAAAGUAAGAGACUUUAUAAGGAUGAACUAGAAAGUACUGAAGAUAAAAAGCAAAAAAAAGAAGAAAUAUUAAAAACUGAAGCCAAACUUAGAAGACUUACAAAAGAAACAAACAUGGGAAGAGUAAAAAUAAUAAUUGGAGUUGAAAAAGAAAUUAGAGUUGCUGUCGAUAAAUGCAAGAUACUAAGAUAUACAAAUAUAAUAGUCCAAAGAAUCAAUACUGAGGGGGUGAAUAAAAAGAAGGCAUUUAAAUAG